AUGGACGACAAGGUCUGCGUCGUCACGGGCGCCGCCAUGGGCCUGGGCAACGUCAUGGCGCGCGCGUUCAUCGAGAGCGGCGCCAGCAAGCUCGCCAUCCUCGAUCUCUCGGCCGAAAAGGCCACGGCCGCUGCCGACGAGGCCCAGCGCUGGUUCGAGGACGCGUACGGCGGCGGCGGCGGCGCCGAGCUCGACAUUGUCGGUGUCCAGUGCGAUGUCGCCGACGAGGCCUCUGUCGCUGCGGCCAUGGACGACGUCCACAAGCGCUUUGGCCGCAUCGACGUGUGCGUCAACAGCGCCGGCGUCGUCGAAAACUUCCCCGCCGAGACGUACUCGACGGCGCGGAUGAAGUGGCUGUACGACAUCAACCUCAACGGGUCCAUGUACGUGGCGCGCGAGGCGGCCAAGCACAUGUUUGCCGACGGCAACCAGGGCUCCAUCAUUCUCGUCGCGAGCAUGAGUGGCAGCAUCGUCAACCUGCCGCAGCCCCAGGCGCCGUACAACGCCAGCAAGGCCGCCGUCAAGCACCUGGCGUCGUGCCUGGCCGUCGAGUGGGCGACGCGGGGCGUGCGCGUCAACAGCCUCUCGCCCGGCUACAUGCUCACGAGCCUGACGCGCGUCAUGACCGAGACGUCGUCCGAGGGCAAGAAGCUGCGCGAGGCGUGGGAGGCAAAGACGCCCAUGGGCCGCAUGGGCGAGCCAGACGAUCUCAAGGGCGCCGCCGUCUACCUGGCCUCGGACGCCAGCCGGUUCACGACGGGCACCGACCUCAUCGUCGACGGCGGCUACUGCUGUCCCUAG